AUGGGGAGAACCCUCACUUACCCCAAACGGUCGUCGAACACUGUUAACCGAUACAAGCACCGGGCAACGUACGACCUGGGUGCGAUCCACCAGAUUGUCAAUGCUUCACCAGUGCUCCAUGUGUCCUUCAACCCGGGCCCAGACGACCCCUUCCCAACAAUCCUGCCCAUGAUCGGCCAAAUGGGCUCCUUCGAGUACCCCUCCGCAAGUCUCGACGAGCCACUGGAAUGCUACCUCCACGGCUACGUCAGUUCGCGCAUCAUGAACCUCGCACGCAGCUCCGGCGGCGAGGGUCUGCCCAUUUGCGUGGCAACCAGCCAGGUCGAUGGCCUUAUUCUGUCUCUGACUCCCAACUCACACAGCUAUAAUUAUCGCUCGGUUGUUCUGCACGGCUAUGCCAAUCUCGUCACAGACGAAGAGGAGAAGCUCUGGGCCAUGAAGAUGAUCACCAACUCCGUUGUCACCGAUCGCUGGGAUAACUCCCGCGUUCCGCCUGACAAGGCUGAGAUGUCGUCGACGGUUAUCUUGAAGGUGAAGAUUGUGGAUGGCAGUGGGAAGAUUCGGGAUGGGGGCGUGUCGGAUGAGCGCAAGGACUAUGCGGACGAGGCCAUUACGGGCCGUAUCUGGACGGGCGUGGUUCCUGUUUGGCAGACAUUUGGAACUCCUGUUCCCAGUGGCGAUGGGAAGCUUGGCGAAGUCCCGGAGCAUAUCACUUCGUACAUAGAGAAGAAGAAUAAGCAGAAUCGGGCUCUGGCUGAGAGUGCUGUGAAGGUCAGCCUGCCUGCUGAAGAGCAGCACUGA